CCAAUCACCAGCAAAGCAAGCGCACAGCUGCGCUGCAUCUUGAUCUUCAAGGCUCCCUCGCAACACCGACAACUGUUGAUUCCUUGUAUCAGACAGGGUUGAUCCUCAGCAUUGGAAUUUUUUUUUUCACCCUGCCCAUUCAUUUUACACUUUUUAACAGCAAUUUAAGAAUGCUCGUCUGGCUUAUUUAAUAUGCUUUAAUCUGAUAGUGAAAUUAUAAAAUACAUAGAAGCAAAUCGAUUAUAAUUAUUUGCCAUUAAAAGAUGGGAUUUUUUGCUUUUAUCGGAGUUAUUGUAAUUUUAUAUUGGAUAGUAUACGUGAUUUCACUAUGCCUCCUGGACUGCGACUUGCGACUCAAGGCUGCGGAAAUGUUUGGCAAGAAGAUUGGUGCCGUCAAAGGGAAGGUUGUAUGGAUUGUGGGCGCUUCAUCUGGUAUUGGCGAAAAUCUUGCGAUCUGGUUGGCCAAGGGUGGUGCCAAGUUAGUCCUGUCAUCAAGACGAAGAGUUGAAUUAGAGAGGGUCAAAGAAGCGUGCCUAGCAGCCAAUUCGUCUCUGCAGUCUCAAGACAUCCUUGUAUACCCAAUGGAUGUGCAGCAAGUGGAAAAUCACAGAUUUCAUCUUAACGAAGUUCUGCGCCACUUUGGAAACCUCGACAUUCUGGUCAACAAUGCUGGACGCUCCCAGAGAGCAGCCUGGGAGGAAGUAGACCCUAUUGUGGACAGGCAGGUGUUUGAGCUCAACGUUUUCUCCAUCGUGUCCCUCUCCAGAGUGGUGGUCAACUAUUUUUCCCAACGCAACCCAAACCUCGAAGGCCAUCUAGUUGUCACGUCAAGCAUUGCUGGGCUUGUUGGAGCUCCAUUCUCACCCUCAUACACUGGCUCCAAACAUGCUCUCCACGGAUACUUUGAAAGCCUGCGGAGUGAAAAGCUGGGAAGCAAAUUGAAAGUCACAAUGCUUUGCCCAGGUCCAGUUUACACGGGAUUCUUAGCCGAAAGCUUCACAGCAGUUCCAGGAGAGAAAUUCAACCAAUCAGCAGAAACAACUGAUACGAGGAUGACUCCAGACAGAUGUGGACAGCUUUGUGCCAUUGCAAUUGCAAAUGAGCUUUAUGAGGGAUGGAUGGCAUUAUUCCCUGUGCUACCAGUCGUUUACCUCGUUCUAUAUUUGCCAAACUUGGCUCGAUUGAUAUUUGGAUUCCUGGGGCCUCGUCGGCUGCAGAAACUGAGAGACUCCAAAGAGACUGUUCCCAGUCCUAAAGAGAAUAGCACUGUGUCAUAAGAAAUUCUCAUUUCAUAAUAUUUUAAUUGGCGCCAUUAUAAUUAUAAGUAUCUUGAUAUUAAGACAUGCAAUGAGCCUUUCAAGUUAAUAUUAAUUAAAUAAUAAUUUUAAUUGGUUUUAAAAUAUUUGUACUAAAUUUAAAAACUAAUAAAAUAUUUGGUUU